GCUGAGAAUAAGCUCAUCUUGAUUGAGUUGCUUCCUGCGAAUAUUCAUUUGGCCCAGAGAGACCCUGUUGCGCGGGGCAGCAACUUGUCCAAAAAACCCGCUAUCUUUGUACUCUGUAACACACCUACCAAACAAACUUAUUAUUAAACGACACAUAGAGCUCAUAUUUUCAGAGACCAUGCCUAAAGUCCGCCUGGUCCAUGCAAAGACAACGCAGCUGAUGGGUACUCAGGCCAACAACCAGAGGACAUUGGCAGAAAUCGUGCAAGACGAGUGCCCGAGUCUCGCCGAGGGAGCGGUAUUCAAUCCGUCGCCCUUUGUCCCCGGUGGCCAUGCCCAAACCAUCUAUGCAUUUCUUGGAUUUUACUUUUACUAUGCUCACAGCUUGAUAAGCCCCAGGUUUACUCGCGAAAUAUUCCGUCUCUCUGACGGGGGCAUUGUGGAUUUGGAUUGGGCUCUGUGCGAAAACCACACAGAGCGGCCGAUAGUCACCAUACUUUCUGGAGUCACCGGAACAAGCUGCGACUUUUACGUGCGCAGAUGCUACAACGAGUUUGUCAAGAUGAACUACAGCGUGUUGGUUGUGCACAGCCGCGGAUGCGGCAGCUCCAAGCUGACAACCCCCAUGCCGUUCCACUGUGGCCUGACCACCGAUUACCGCGAGGUGAUCAACAGUAUCCAUGCGCGUUUACCGAAUUGCCCGCUGCUUGGGCUUUCUUUUUCGCUGGGCGCCAACAUAAUGGCCAAGUACAUUGGCGAGGAGGGCGAGCAAUGCCCGCUAGUGGCAGGCAUAAUUGUGGGGAAUCCCUACGACAUGUACAAGGUCAUCCAGCACCUCGACUCUCGAUUUUUCAGUCUAAACAAAAUCUACGAUAUCGCCAUCCUUAACUUUCUCAAAACGGCGUUUAACAACAACAAGGAGGCCAUUGCCAGUGCGCCAAUCGACUUUAAUGUUCCCAAUAUCACCAACUCGACUACGAUCAUGGAGUUUACUGAGGAGAUGACGCGCAAGGCAUUUGGGUACAAAUCGGCCAAGCAUCUGUUGGAUGAAUCGAGUAGCGGUCCGUUCUUGGACAACAUAAGGAUCCCAGUUAUGUUUCUCAACUCGCUCGACGAUCCCAUCUGCAUAGAGCCCCUCAUAACGUACGAGAAGUUUAUCAAUAACCCUUAUCUCAUGCUUGCCUUGACAGAGCAUGGCGGCCAUAUCGGAUAUAUGGGCGGCACUUGGCCCACCUCGUGGAUCGAACACCCAGUGUCGCAGUUCUUCAAGGCCAUGCUCAAACACAAUGCUCCAGCAGCGCAGUGAUAAAAAUACAUUUUACUAUUCUCCUAUUAUUAAUUACUUUAAACUGGAAUAAAC